GGCAGGCUUGGGGCCCUAAAGAGAAAAUGCUGAUCACGUCAAUUCCAGGCCGCUUGAAAUUACAAGAUGUACGGACUUUUCUAGUCAUAAAACUGAUGCAUCUGAUCAGAGAGGGCUCUACGAAGAUAAUUUGAGCCCCGCUCCAGUGCCAACCGCAAUGGGAACAACUGGCAAAUGAUUGCUCAUGCCUCCUCCAAUAAGGUUCUGGCUUACCAGAGCGUCAACAACUGCGCUGAAGCUGAUAAUAAUCAUUGACAUGCCCAAUAGUUUACAAUCUCCUCUAUACCAUAUUGUAGUACACAAUAAUCCGAUUACUACGUUACGAGCAGCAAAAAGUCUUGUGAUCGAGUCUGCGAGCUUUUGGUCCGACGUUGUGGUCGCAGAUGGAAAUCCGACAGAUGUGACGAGGCUUUGCGGCUUGAGAAGUCCAGAAACUCUAUUAGAAUCAUCAGCUAAUCUCUCACACCAGAACCUCUGCAAUGUAUUCUAAAUUCAUCAGGAGCUUCGAGGCACACCGACCCUGUAUAACAUUUAGUAUCAGGGAGUCAGUGCUUUAAUGUCAACGUGUACCGAGAAAGAAUGGGAUGGCGCCAAUAAAAACGGCCAUAUUUGGCAGAACCCGGGAUCGAGACGAGAGAUUCCACAUUAUUAUGACCUUGGAAUAGAAAUAUCUAUCUAAAAGUUUGAGAUAUGCAAAGAAACUUAUUUUAGACCAACGUUAAGCCAAUGGCAAAAAGCUCAAACGAGAAGGACGGCCUUAAAGACAAUCUAGUAGAGGAGAAACCCUGCUGAGUUUUACAGGUUUCUGUAGUCUGCUUAUUUCUGGUUCCAAUGUAGAUGGUCCUUAGUCAAAAAUGC